GCAGACGGAGGCGGCCCCGGGGAGAGAGCCCGAGCGACGCCCGCGAGGCAGCAGCUGCAGCGCUGACACUACCUAGGGCAGGGGGUCCCAGGCGGCUGGAGCGUUCUGUUCUGACCCCAAAGUGGAUGAUGCAUUCAGGGCUGAACCACUGACCGGAGUCUGAAGAAUUCCCAUCUUCGCGUUGGCCAUCGGUUGAGAUAAGAUGCAAGACUCUUACAAGGAUAGGACUUCACUGAUGAAGGGCGCCAAGGACAUAGCCCGAGAGGUGAAGAAACAAACAGUCAAGAAGGUGAAUCAGGCAGUGGACCGGGCCCAGGAUGAAUACACGCAGAGGUCCUACAGUCGGUUCCAAGAUGAAGAGGACGAUGACUGUUCCCCGCAGGGAGAGACCUAUAGUGGGGAGGCCAAUGAUGAUGAAGGCUCCAGUGAAGCUACUGAGGGUCAUGAUGAAGAUGAGGAAAUCUAUGAAGGGGAGUAUCAGGGCAUCCCCCGUAUGAACCAAGGGAAGGACAGCAUUGUGUCAGUGGGGCAGCCCAAGGGCGAUGUGCACAAGGACCGGCAGGAGCUGGAGUCAGAGAGGAAAGCCGAUGAGGAAGAACUAGCCCAGCAGUAUGAGCUGAUAAUCCAAGAGUGUGGUCACGGCCGUUUCCAGUGGGCCCUUUUCUUUGUCCUGGGCCUGGCCCUGAUGGCAGACGGCGUGGAGGUGUUUGUUGUUGGCUUCGUGUUGCCCAGCGCGGAGACGGACCUAUGCAUUCCAAAUUCAGGAUCCGGAUGGCUAGGCAGCGUAGUAUACCUUGGCAUGAUGGCAGGGGCUUUCUUCUGGGGAGGACUGGCGGACAAAGUGGGAAGAAAGCAGUCUCUUCUGAUUUGCAUGUCUAUCAACGGAUUCUUCGCCUUCCUUUCUUCAUUUGUCCAGGGUUAUGAAUUCUUUCUCUUCUGUCGCUUACUUUCUGGAUUCGGGAUCGGCGGAGCCAUUCCCACAGUGUUCUCCUACUUUGCUGAAGUGCUGGCCCGAGAGAAGCGGGGGGAGCAUCUGAGCUGGCUCUGCAUGUUCUGGAUGGUUGGUGGCAUCUACGCCUCUGCCAUGGCCUGGGCCAUCAUCCCGUAUUAUGGAUGGAGCUUCAGCAUGGGGUCAGCUUACCAGUUUCACAGUUGGCGUGUGUUCGUGAUAGUCUGCGUGCUCCCCUGCAUCUCCUCGGUGGUGGCCCUCACAUUCAUGCCCGAAAGCCCACGGUUCUUGCUGGAGGUUGGAAAACAUGAUGAAGCGUGGAUGAUCCUGAAGUUAAUUCAUGACACAAACAUGAGAGCACGGGGUCAGCCUGAGAAAGUCUUCUCGGUCCACAGAAUCAAAACCCCCAAACAAAUAGAUGAGCUGAUUGAAAUUGAGAGUGACACAGGCACGUGGUACAGAAGGUGUUUUGUCCGGAUCCGCACGGAACUCUAUGGAAUUUGGUUGACUUUCAUGAGAUGUUUCAACUACCCCGUCAGGGAAAAUACGAUAAAGCUUACAAUUGUUUGGUUCACCCUGUCCUUUGGGUACUAUGGAUUAUCUGUGUGGUUCCCUGAUGUCAUUAAACAUCUGCAGUCGAACAUGUUGCCCAUUGAAAAGAUCGAGAGAGAGAAAUUUUCAAAUUUCAGUGUUAACUUUACAAUGGCAAAUCAGUUGCACACGGGAGCGGAAUACGACAACGGCAGAUUUCUAGGGAUGAAGUUCAAAUCUGUAACUUUCAAAGAUUCACUUUUUAAGGCCUGCAUCUUCGAGGACGUGACUUCAGUCAACACCUACUUCAAGAACUGCACAUUUAUUGACACUGUUUUUGACAACACAGAUUUUGAGCCAUAUAAAUUCACUGAUAGCGAAUUUCAAAACUGCUCAUUUUUUCACAACAAGACGGGAUGCCACAUUACCUUUGAUGAUGACUAUAGUGCCUACUGGAUUUAUUUUGUCAACUUCCUGGGGACAUUGGCCGUGUUGCCAGGGAACAUCGUGUCUGCUCUCCUGAUGGACAGAAUUGGGCGCUUAACAAUGCUAGGUGGCUCGAUGGUGCUUUCGGGGAUCAGCUGUUUCUUCCUCUGGUUGGGCAGCAGUGAGUCCAUGAUGGUAGGCGUGCUGUGUCUGUAUAAUGGAUUGACCAUCUCGGCCUGGAACUCUCUGGAUGUGGUCACUGUGGAACUGUACCCCACAGACCGCAGGGCGACAGGCUUUGGCUUCUUGAAUGCCCUGUGCAAAGCAGCGGCCGUCCUUGGAAACUUAAUAUUCGGCUCCCUGGUCAGCUUCACCAAAUCGAUCCCCAUCCUGCUGGCCUCCACCGUGCUGGUGUGUGGAGGACUGGUGGGCUUGCGCCUGCCCGACACACGAACCCAGGUCCUGAUGUAAUGGGGAACAAGCCAUCCGUAAUACUGCAUUUCUUUCUCCUGCCCUG